CACAUGGAGCCGCCUGGGUUCGAACCGUCAACCUUGCAAUUCCAUGCAGACUUUUGACCUGAAUUAUUGCAAUCAGGUCAAAAGUGCAGUUAUCAAUAAUGUACAUGUGAGGAUCGUUGUUAUAACUCAUCAACCUGUUUAUGCUGUUUAACGAAACCAGUUAGCAAACUAAGUUAGGAUUAACACUUAUGCUAACGUUAGCGAGCAUAAUGGCUGCUGAUUUAUUCUGUUAGGCAACUGUGUGUGUUUGUGUAUAUGUGCGUGUGUGGUUGAAGCCUCUCAUGCAACAUUGUGUAGUGUGAACCUGCUGUCACGCAAUGCGGCUGCUUCUUGUUUUGAUGCUGUCACAGACACACACACUCACUUCGUCCACACGCACAAACACACGCAGUGAUGGUGGGUAAUACAUCUUAAUCUAUAUUAAAUUCUGGGUCGUCUGAUUCAUUUUAUUAUUCAUUUAUUAUUGUCUGUGUUGGUGUGUGUGAGAGUGUUUAGUUAAGGGUAAUUCAAGGUUUAUUACUUUUAAAUGCAGGGUUGAUUAAGGCUGAUUGAAGGUUGAUUCAAAAGUAAAGUGAAGGUGAAGGUACAGUUAAGUAUGAAUAAAGUAUUUAAUGAGGAGUAAAUUCAAGGUUUAAAGGUAAAUGAAGGAAUAAAUGAAGGGUUUAUUGGGGUGAGGAGUUGGCUCCUCCCCCUCAGCUAACUUCUGCUUUGACUCAACAUCUGUGGUUCAACAUCUGUGGUUCAACGGACGGAAAGUUAGAAAACGCUUCAGAGAGACAGAGAGGAGACGAAGACACAUUGCCGCUGAAUGACCUCAUCACCAUAAACAAAGACCCUGAUCACAUGACAUCCAUGGAUGACAUCAUGGUCGAGUCCAUCACAGAGGCAACUAACUCGUCCUCCACCCAGAUAGUCGCGUCCUACUUCAAUCUCUCAUCGACACCUGACGACGACUACGACUAUACCGACGACUUAUUCUGUGACCGCUCAUCCGUCCGUGAGUUCCGGAGUCGCUUCGAGCCGCCGUUCUUCUGGAUAAUUGCCUUGGUGGGCGGAGCCGGGAACCUGGCCGUGGUAUGGAUCUACCUGAACCUUCGCCGGCGACUGAAAACCAUGACAGACGUGUACCUGCUGAACCUGGCAGUGGCCGACUUGCUGUUCCUCGUGACCCUGCCGCUGUGGGCAGCCGAGGCGUCACACGGCAGCUGGAGCUUUGGCUCCGCCCUCUGCAAGUUAAACUCCGCCCUCUACAAGGUGAAUCUGUUCAGUGGCACGCUGCUGCUCGCCUGCAUCAGCGUCGACCGCUACGUGGUCAUUGUUCAGACCGUCAGGGCGCAGAACUCGCAGGCGGAGCGCCGCAGCUGCAGCCGGCUGGUGUGCUCGGGGGUGUGGUUGCUGGCGCUGCUGCUCGCCACGCCGGAACUCGUGUUCGCCGCCACCACAGAGCCAAGUGGCCGGGAGUACUGUCGGAUGGUGUUCCCGGCUCACCUGGGCAACCGGACCAAGAUCCUGGUGCUGUCGCUGCAGGUGAGCAUGGGCUUCUGCCUGCCCUUUGUCGUCAUGGCCUUCUGCUACAGCGUCAUCGCUGCCAAGCUGCUCAGGACCCGCAGCUUCCAGAAGCACAAGGCCAUGCGUGUCAUCCUGGCCGUGGCUGCAGCGUUCGCCAGCACCCAGCUGCCCUACGCCGGCGUGCUGGUGAUGGAGGCGGCGCAGGCAACCACCGUGACCCUGACGGAGUGCGAGGACCUGAAGCAAUUUGACAAGGCUGGGCAGAUGCUGAAGAGUCUGGCCUACUUGCACGCCUGCCUCAACCCGUUUCUCUACGCCUUCGUGAGCGUGCGCUUCCGUCGUGACCUACUGAAGCUGCUUCAAGCGUGCUGCCGCAAGCCCGCCUUUAAGGGUCGGAUCGGCAAGACCUGCAGGAGCCCACCGGGCUCCACGAGGGCCUCUGUGAUGUCGGACAGCGACACCUCACAGGCGCUCUCGCUGUAGAGGAACCUGCAACCUGUUGGUGCUGUGACGUCGACAAAUGACUUCACAAACCCCUCCAAGGAUCCGCGAGUCGCUUCCAGAGGCGGAAACGUAAUCAAAUACCAAAAAGAAUAUUUCCCUCAGAGCACCUGAAAAUAAAAAAGCUGCUGUUUUUAGGACGUUCCACAAAACAAAAGACACAUGAAGGAUCCGAGGCCUAAAUCACAGAGAUUAAUACCUUUUAUAUGAAAGGUUCAUUUCAGGGGACUUUUGCUGAUCUGGAGUCAAGAACACUGGACUGUUUCCACUCGCCUCUAUCGUGACUGUGGGUGUCAUUCUGUUGCUGUCAUGUGACCUAAAUGUUGCAUCAUGCAGUUCCAGCGGAAACGCUUUGCAUCUGUUGUUUGAAUGUUUUUGCUGCUGCACAGUCCUGCUAACAGAUGUUCAUAUACAUGAAGUGAAUGUAAGAGUCAUGAUGAGCAUUAAAGCGUGUCGUAAGCUCUG